UAGACGUUAAUGAACCUUUCGGUGGUCGUCGAGGUUCCUUCCGUUCUGGAUCUAAUUCCCAACUUAAUGAGAAUACAAGAAAUUCUUCUUUCACAAGUCAAUCCAAUCGAACGUUCGAUCAAAGUCAUCAACAAGAGCAGCAGAACCAAUCGAAUCGCUUACCUCAUUCACUGGCUCCAUCAGGUGCCAGCUCAAGCUUACACUCUCAACAAAUGCCUUCUCAAAGUAGCCAUCAACAUGCAUUUAUUCAUCAUCAAAACCAACAAUAUCAAGCCAAUAAUGACGACUCUUCGGCCGACCAUCUAGACCAAUAUCAAAAACUAGUUUCUCGCUACGGUAAAGUUAGCAAACCUCCGUCUUUCGAACCACCUUCCUUUAGUCGCUUAAAUAUUAAUAGAUCACAAAAUUUGGGUUCAAGUGAUUUGAAUAAAAUUUAUGGAACCAGUUCAUCCAUUGAUUCAGGCCGUGAAACGGACAACUCGAGUGAUGCUGGACUUGCACUGCCUACACCGAUUGAUAUGUCGUCCGAGUCAAGUAGCUCAACAAAAACACCCUUAAGAACAGCUUCAUUGUAUCGACUUCCAGCCUCAACUGGUGCCUCACACGCCAGUAAACCAAAUGAUUCUGGUGGCACUAAAAGUGGCCCACUCAAAAGGAAACCCUCACUUCAGUCAAUUUCCUCUAAACCCAUUAAAGAACCAGUUAUGAGCAGGGAAGAAGUUUCAGUUCUGUCCCAUGCAACCCGGGAACAACGACGUCAAGAAGCGGAAAGAGCCGAAAGAUUAACCCACAAUCCUUUGCUCUACUUUGUAGAUCCACAGUUUAAAGAAUGGUUAAGUCGACAGCAGAUCAUCAUUGCGGUUAUCCUCAUCAAUAUUACUCUAGCAAUUAUAUUUUUUAAACUUUUAGGCUGAACAAAGUUUCAUCAAGUUUUCUCCAUUUUUUUCGAUUCUUUCUCUUACAAUUUAAUUAUCGUUGUCGCGGCUGUUUUUCCCCCUCAAACUUGAUUGACCAGCAAAAGCAAAACUAAUAACCACUCGAAUACUCAACCAAUUUAUUGACAGAAUUUUUCGGUUGAAAGGGAAAAGUUGAACAGCUUUAUGUAACGAUCAAAAUGUUGGAGUGAAAAUUUCACUCUUUCACUGUAAAUAGUUGAUUGUUUUACUGAUGAAAUAUGUCUAAACACGAAAAUGCAAACUUUUUGUCUUUCA